AUGGUGUGUUUUAAGAGCAAGAAUGUUGGACAUCGAAUUAACGAGUGUCCCUCGUGGAAAGAAACAGGAAGGCUAGGAAGAAAUAAUAAAUUAGGGAAUAUGUUGAUGUUGACUGCUAAAGAUGGAAGCUCGAGCCAAGGUAAGGUCGGAAAAGGGGUUCAGUCUGUCAGUCAAGGGAAAGCAUCAGGGAAGUUAUUCGUUGUUAAGACAGAGGCAAAAGGGACUCCAGAGAUGCAGGAGUUACCAGGUAAUGUAAUUUUAGGGAGGUUUCUUGUAUGUAACUCGAUGGCCAAUGUGUUAUUUGAUUCCGGAGCUUCACAUUCAUUUAUUUCGAAUAUGUUUGUUAGCAACUUGCCAUAUAAACCCUGUGUUCAACCUUUAAAUAUGAUUAUUUGUUUGCCUAAUUGGGAGUCGACUUGUUGUAAAUGGAUAUUUAAGAAUUAUGAAAUUAGGAUAGCAGGGUCAGAACUGCGGGUAAAUCUGAUACCCUUUAAUUUGGAUUAUCAUGAUGUGAUUUUGGUAAUGAAUUGGUUGAGUAGGAAUCGGGCGGUGAUAGAAUGUUACGCUAGAGCCGUUAGAUUGAGGUCUCCAAGUGGAGAUAAGAUUGUAUAUAGAGAAGAAAUGGCGAGGCCGACAGAAAAAGAUAAUAUGAUAAUUGAGAAUGAUACAGAGAUAGUACCUGAGGGUAUCCGUUAUGUGAAUCAAAUGGAAGGGGGUAAAAAGGAAGAAAGCAUAAUUGAAGAAAUUUCAGUGGUGAGAGAAUUUCUGGAUGUAUUUCCAGGAGACUUACCGGGAUUGCCAUCACAUCGAGUGGUUGAUUUUCAUAUUGAUUUGGUGUCAGGGGCAACACCGAUAUCCAGAGCUUCUUAUAGGAUGGCUCCUGCAGAAAUGGCUGAAUUGAAGAAGCAAUUAGAAGAGUUGUUGAAAAAAGAUUAUAUCCGACCUAGUGUGUCUCCAUGGGGUGCACCAGUGUUAUUUGUGAAGAAAAAAGAUGGUACAAAGAGAUUGUAUAUAGAUUAUCAGGGAAUUAAUAAAAUCACAAUCCGAAAUAGAUAUCCAUUACCCCGAAUAGAUGAGCUGUUUGAUCAGUUAAAGGGAGCAGGGAUAUUCUCAAAGAUAGAUUUAAGGUCGGAGUCUCAUCAGAUGCGCAUAGUGGGGAAGGCAUUCCGAAAACAGCGCUCAGAACUAGAUAUGGACAUUAUGAGUUUGUGGUGA